AAACAAAAAAGUCAAAGAUAUAAAAAAAACUGACCGAGAGUUGCCCUUCUGGAAGUUCUAAAGAUAACGAAAAGAUAAAUAUAUAACGCAAACUCCCUAUUAUAACCAUAGGCCAAAAGAAAACAUUCAUGCAGAUAAGAUUGAUGAAGCAAAACACCCACAGAAUUAAGGAAUACUAAAAGACAAUACCAAGACAUCAGUUGAAAUCAAGAUAAAAAAGUUAAAAAAGGCCUAUAAAAAAAUUUAAAUUUUUAAACCCCUUUACCCAGCUUCAAACUGGAUACUAAAGGAGAAACAGAAGAGGAUACAUUACACGAAAAAUAUUUAGCCUAUAGUGUCUUACACAAUAUGGAAGUUAAGGUGAAUACAGCAAAUAUCAGCAAUACAAAUAAAUUAAAAGAUAAAAAGUACAGUGACUACAAUGAGGUAACACAGAAAGUGCAUGAUCAGGUCAAUACUUUAAUUGAGUCGCUACAUGAAAUUUUCCAAUUGUACAAACCCAAUGAGGUUAUGCUUUCCUUUAAUGGUGGCAAAGAUUGCACAGUGGUCUUGCAUCUGCUGCAUACCUUCUAUCAAAGCAAUCCUUGCCUGCAACACAUAAAAAUUCCCACUUUGUAUAUAACAGAUCCCGAUGCCUUCGAAGAAGUUGAAGACUUUGUGGUGGAUUGUGAAAAACUCUUCAACAUAGAUGUGAUAAGGAAACCAGGGCCAAUAAAAGAGGCCUUAGAGGAAAUAUGUCAAGAAAGGCCACACAUUAAAGCAGUAUUUAUGGGUUGUCGAAGAACCGAUCCAUAUUGUCAGAAUUUAAAAGUGAUGCAGCCCACUGAUGCCGGUUGGCCACCUUUAAUGCGUAUAAAUCCCAUUCUUGAUUGGACAUGUCGCGACGUCUGGCAGUAUAUAUAUCUGUAUAAUGUGCCCUACUGCAACUUGUAUCAGAAAGGCUAUACUUCAAUAGGCAAUAAGACCAACACACUACCCAAUCCUUAUCUACGUGUAUUGGAUGAGAAAACCGGAGCAAUUUUAAGUUAUAGACCAGGCCAUGAACUUAUUGACAAUGAUGAUUUGGAGCGCGCUGGUCGCAUGACAGCUAAAAAGGAGCAUAUAACAACAAAUUUGGUUUCCAAAUAGUAUUUUUUGGUUUAUAACCCAUUUGAGAAAAUAAAUUUUAAUUUAUCAAAAUUUUCUAUAAGUAUGUACAAAACUAUUCGGGUGCUGUUAUUAGGAAUAAUUUCUAGUUAGAAAUAUUAGUAUAAAUUGCAAAUGUAAAUUAUUAUUAUUUUACUUAAGUUUUAUAAAACAAACAAACAAAACGAAAGCAAGGCAAAAGCCUACACAAUGUACCUACAAAUGACAGACAAUAUAUUUUAAGUUUUUUUUUGUUAUAAAGAGCAAAGAAAUUAGGAAACAAAUUCUUAAUUUCAAAAAACUGCCUGCAAAUAAAAGUUUCUGUUUGUACCCUACACCACUACUGUGGUACAGGGUAUUAUAACUUA